AUGGCACUCGCUAUUGAGUACUUUCAAGACGACGACCACUUGGUCCAAGAGUUUGUGAGAAACGAUGGUCUGGCCUGUCUCAUCAAGGUCGGAUCUGAAGCGGAUCAAAAUUAUCAGAACUAUAUCUUGAGAGCUUUAGGACAACUGAUGCUAUAUGUGGAUGGUAUGAAUGGUGUCAUUGAACAUAACGAGACCAUUCAAUGGCUCUAUACUCUCAUCUCUUCGCAGUAUCGUUUAGUCGUAAAGACAGCUUUAAAACUACUUCUAGUGUUCGUCGAGUAUGCGGACGACAAUUGUUUGCUUUUAAAACAGUUGACUCCGAAAGAGGUAAUGAGAUUCCGUUGCAUUCGUAAUCAAUUCUCUCAUGUAAUCUCUUCGCCCAUCCCUUCAAAAGGUGUGAAGCCGUGGACUAAUGUCAUGAAUAUAUUGAAUGAAAAGGAUUCGGCGGACAUUGAAUUACUGAUUUUCUCAAUGACUCUCAUAAAUAAAACUUUGAACGGAAUCUCAGAUCAGGACCGCUAUUAUGAUAUAACGGAUAACAUUGAGGAGCAGGGGAUGGAGAGAAUCAUUCAGCACUAUAUGUCCAAACAGGGCACUGACAACGACUUACUCCAACAGUUCCGCACAUAUGAGACAGUCCUCCGGCAUGAAGACGGCGAACACGACGGCAGAGGUUUGCCGUUAGACUCAACCAAAAUAGUAUUGAGGCGUAAGAGCGGCGCCGGACUGGACGAAGACCGCCGGAAGAGUAGACGCCAUUCGUUUGGAAACAUACCUUCAGGAGGUGGAGGGGCUCUGAAACAACAGCUCUUGAAUAACGCAAACAAAAACAAUCCAAGCCUUCCCUCGUGGCACAGGAAAGUACUCCAACAGACGGAACAGUUCCACAAAAAGAUUUUAAGUAAUAACAAUCUGAACCCAAAUAUUGUGACGACUGGUUUCGAUGACACUAAGUCUCCGCUAAGAAUGCGAAAGGAAGGCGAUGUGAGACUCAAAAUUAAAGAGCAAGAGAUCAAUCAGAGAUCGAGUAUAUCUUCGUGUAGUUCCGCGGAUUCCUACGGAAGUUACGCCUCUUAUGGUAGUUAUGGGAGCGGAGAGGAGAAGCCAUCACUGAUCGAGACGAUCAAAAUCCUUCCGCCAUCGAUGGUCGAGAGGGUGAACAGGAAUGUUGAGGACGAGAACAACAAGAAUAAUCAGAUCUCACUUCAGAACAAACAGAAUAUCACUUCCAAUAAAUGGGAGAAUAAUAAUAAUAUAAAUAAUAAUAACAAUAAUUUAUUCAAUAAUUUAAAUAAUAAUAAUAAUUGUAUGCGAAAUGAUAACUUAAAUAGUGUUAAGACAAACGACAUGACAUCCCACAUGAAUGGACAGUACGUUUUGACAAAACAAAACAGUAUGAACGACAAGAAGGCGUGGAUGUUGUCAAUGAUGUACGCGAAGAACAACGAAGAGAACACACAUUUAGUGAAUGGAAAGCCUAUUCCGGCGACUAAUGCCUGGAAUUCCAACACUACUAACGAGAACAUCGAAAACCAUAUGAAGUCAUCGGAAUCCGUCCGCACAAUCAAAGAGAAGAUUAUGAAACCCAUGAACGCAACGCCCUUAACGGACCCCAUAAUCAAUGGAAGUCUUCAGAGAAUAAUAAGUGCCAAAGAAUCGCUAUCCGAUCCAAAGAAUCAAACCGAGUAUUUACAAUGGGAUCAAUUGGUGAACUCCCUGUCCCGACCCCUUCUCAUCAAUGACUUGGACUUCACAGACUUGAGAGAUGACGACGACGCAGAUAUCUGUGCGCCCACUGCCAACAGCUCGCUCUCCAACACACCGCCGCCACUGCCUCCUGAUUCCAAUUGUCUGAUGCCUCCGCCACCACCACCUCUCAUGUGCGGAACCCCACCCCCACCACCACCACCCAACUCAGGCACAGCUACUCCACCGCCGCCACCGAUGCCUCGCUUCGGAGGUUCACAGCAAUGGCUAUGCAAUCAACGCCACCAAAACACUCCAUCGCCGACGCCAUCACCAGAUCUGUCGAAUUCAAAGCUAAUACCAAAGAAUAAGAAAACAAUUAAAUUGUUUUGGAAAGAAGUAAAAGAAGACAAAUCACUGUUGAGUCGUAUAAUGAAGAAGAAGACCAUUUGGGACGAAAUCAAAACCGUUUCAGUCGACUCUCAAAAGUUGGAGCAUUUGUUUGAGAGCAGAGCUAAAGAGUUGAUGAAUAAGAAAGCACAAGAAUCGGGCAAAAAGAAUGAGACCGUAGUUUUGGAUACGAAGCGCUCGAAUGCCAUAAACAUAGGGAUGACCAAGCUACCACCCCCUCGCACUGUCAAGACUGCUAUCCUCAAAAUGGACGCAACCAUUAUGAACAGAGAGGGCAUCGAAAAGAUCUUAUCAACAAUGAUGCCAACCGAAGAUGAAAAGACAAAAAUACUUGAGGCACAGAUGGCUAACCCCGACGUGCCGUUAGGUUCUGCCGAAUCGUUUCUAUUGACUUUAGCGUCGAUCAGUGCACUGGAGGCCAGACUUCGGUUGUGGGCCUUUCGGUUAGACUACGACCUGUUGGAGCGAGAAGUGGCCGAACCACUCAUGGAUCUGAAGCAGGCGACCGCUGAGCUCGAGAAGUGCGAGACUUUUAAAAUAAUUUUGGGAACUUUGCUCUCAAUCGGAAACUUCUUGAAUGGCGUCGAAGCGAAAGGCUUUCAAAUCGAUUAUUUGGCAAAAGUUCCCGAAGUGAAGGAUACCGUCCAUAAGCACUCACUUCUUCAUCAUUUAUGUCAUAUAGUUAUGGAAAAGUAUCCCAAAUCUAGUGAUUUAUAUACAGAAUUGGGUUCAGUUUCCCGGGCGUCUAAGAAAGACUUCGAGGAAGUGUCCAAAAGUCUGCAAAAAAUGGAAAUGGAUUGCAAGGCCUCGUGGGAGCACCUGAAGGUGAUCGCCAAACACGACGGCUCCACACCAAUGAAAGUCCGAAUGUCAGAGUUUUUGGCCGAUUGUGCUGAACGUAUAAUCGUUUUGGGAAUUAUUCACAGAAGAGUUAUUAAUAGAUUCAAGAAAUUUCUGGUCUUUUUGGGUCUUCCGUCACAUCAGUUAAAGGAAACAAAACCCAAUUCCGUGCUAAAGAUUAUCAGCGAAUUUGCUUUGGAGUACAGAACCACUCGCGAGAGAGUGAGGGAACAGUUGGAGAAGAAGGCCAAUCACAGGGAGCGGAAUAAAACGAGAGGCAAAAUGAUUACUGAAUUGGAUAAGUUUAAGACCAAAGAACAAGAGGCCGAUCACGAACUCAAACAGCUAUUGAUUAGCGGUAGUGACUACGAGUCGGAAGGGUGUGGCGGACGGCCCACCAAAUGGGGUACACUUCCGGGCACUAAACUCAGGCGUCCAUCGAGUGGAUCGAUGACUAAUCUGUCGAAUUUGAACUCAACUCAAACCAGACCUCCCGUACACUUCAGACACAGCGUCAACAUUGAGGCCUAUACUGAAGCCGACGACGAGAUUCUGGAGAGUCUCGUCCGCACCACUACUCAACCCAUUCGUAACGAACAGCGGAAUCGACGCAAAGCUAAUCUGAGACGAACCCUGAAGAGUGGUUUAGACCUAUCCGAAGAGGAGCGGCUAAUGUUAGCCACACUCUCCACUUGAUGUCAACAAUUUUUGUCAACCUUUUAAUCGCAUUUUAUAAUAAGCUUUUAAUGCUUUUAUAAUGUUUUAACAAUCGAUUUGUUUUACUGUGAUCUCUAGUGUUUAUAUUUAUAUUUAAAUCAAUUAAUUAUUUAAUUUAAGACAUUACUAAACAGCGAGAGCUUCAAAACCAAAGUGCAAGAUAUAUUGUAUUUGUGCUCCAAUUCUAUUGUAUUUAUAUGAAAAUUUAGUAUUAAUUGAAUGUUUUUAGUUAACAAGAGACGAGA